AUGGAGAUGGGAGGCUUGAGAACGGACGCAUGUCGCAUGAUUGAAAACCAGAUCAUGUUGCAGAAGAGGAUAUCUCUAAGCUGGUGGCGCUCUUUGCUGUCCAAGUCUGUCCGAGCUUGGCAGCCCAUGGCGCAGGCCUUCCGAGAGGAGCUGGAGCGGCGCCUGUCCAGAACCUCCAAGAGUGAGGAUCUCAAGCAAAAUUUAGUGGAGGCUCCGGUCCCGGAAGUUUCGGCAGAGGCUUCUGCAGAGGCAGAGGUUCCCGCAGAGGUUCCUCGUGUCUCGUCCGCCGCACUGUCGUUGAGUUUCAGUGCGAGGGAGACGGAGGUGGAGGCCUUGGCACCGCGCUCGCUGCUUUCACCCAUCGCGGGCUCCGGUUCCAGCUCUAGCUCCUCGCCACGAACCUUCGUGAGCCAGGGCUCCCGAGGGAGAGCUCCUUCGGACGUGGUGCGCGCGGAGAGCACCGGCCUCCUUGGCCUCGGCGGUUCGCGGUCCACCUGGGGUAGGCGGCUGCUGGAGGCGGACGUGCGCUCGCUGCGAGCAGAGCUGCAGGAGGAACGAGCCCGAUCGUCGCGCCUGGCAGCUGAGCUGCGCCAUGCGCAGGCGAAGGUGGAGAAGCUGCAGGGGCAGCUGGAUUUGCAGAGGGAGCGAGACGAGCUAUUGCAGGAUCUUGACAGCAGUUUGAGGGAAAUGAAGACGAGCCACACGUCAGAGCAGAAGGAGGCCAUGAAGGAGACCAAGGCGCAAGAGAAGCAAGAGAAGAAGGCAUUGAUGGCUGAGCUGGCCAAGAUCGAGAAGAUGCGCGCUGAGCGCGAGAAGGAUCGCUUGCACAAGCUGAAGCAGGCGAAAGGGAAAAGCAAGGGAAAGCGGUCGGCAGCCGAAGCUGGGCUUCCAACCAAGGAGCCGGAGAUUCGUGACAUCGACUGA